UCAGGGGAGCUCCCUCCAAUCACGUUGCUGACGAGAAAGAGAAGACAUGCUGUAGAGUGGGAGAACACUGAACAAGAACUCCCUGUUGCCGUGGCAAAGAAACCCCGUGUUACCAAGGCAACCAAGAGGAAUCCUCCGGCAGCGGGGGAUGGAGUCAGGGGUCUGGAGGGGGUGUGGCAGGAGAUGGAGAGGGAGAGGAAAGCUCUGAUCUGCAACCACAACGAGGGUGUGGUGAAGUGUCUGACGUCAGUGGAGAAGACUGUGAGUGGUGUGUGGGGCCGCAGUGAGCAGGGUCUACUGUCUCUGGGACAGACUCUCAGUCUCAUGGCCACUGGCAUCUCCACCACUGAGAGAAGGAUGGAGGAUCUGCGAGGUCUGAUGGCCCGAUUCCAGACCAGUCUCUCUGACAUGGAACAGAGACAGAGCCAGGGGAGGGGCGUGGCUCAGCAGGGUCUCAAGAGAGAUAUCCAGCUCAUUCAGCAGAGAUCCGUCAGGAAAGCUAACGAAACACAGGUAACAAAGGUCAGGCAAGCACUACAGGCUAUGCUGAUGAAACUAUGACAUCACCAUUACAUCAUCAUUAAUAUUAACCACUAAACUGAGAAGGACCUAUGCUUUGUAAUCGCAUUAUACUACUGUUCAUCAUGAUCAUAGAAAUCAUCAAGGAGUGACUAAUGAAUAUGUUUUUAGUUCCUAUGGUGAUAAGCUCCGC